AUGGCAGCCAAGAUUACAAUAGGAUACAAAUUUAUACCAAUGGACAAGGAACUUGUUCUUCAUUAUUUGAGAGCAAAGGCCAAAGGACAGCCAUUACCGGUAAAGGGUUUAGUGAAUAAAUGCAAUCUCUACGACGAUCAAGAACUGUCAAAGAUAUUCAGCAAAAUGAGAACCAAAUCGAAGUUGUACUAUUAUUUUACGGAGUUGAAGAAGAAGAAUGGGAAAGGAAAAAGGAUUGAUCGCCUAGCAGGGAAGGGUACGUGGAAGGGACUCGACAGAGGCAAGCCUAUUCACGACAAUGAAGGAAGGCUUACUGGACGCAAGCGAAGUUUCGAUUAUAUCAACAGAGAAUCAAGUGAACAAAGUGUGUGGGACAUGAAAGAGUACAGUCUUGAAGGUGUUUCUCUGGAAGAUGAUCAAUUGAUCAAAAAUAAUUUUCAAGAUAUGCAAUCUGUUAACAGAACUGCUUUCCCAAAACAAACCGACAUGACAGCCAUACAAGACGCCAGUAGGUAUUAUUAUCAUAGACCUACACCAUGGGAUAUUCUUUAUGAAGAAGACUUCUUUCAUGGCCAGAACUCUUAUCAUGGAAAAACCAUUCAUGAAUGGAAUAUAGAUGGUUAUUCUGAAUAUCAGAUAUUUGAAUGUAUCCUUAAAGGAUGGUGGGAUAAUGUUCUCACUUUUAAUCAACAGCAUGAAAUCUUAAAUGCUACCAAAACAGAAACCAAUCCCACUAGUAAUACUGUUACUCAAAGAGAGGAUGCAGUUUAUGCUUUAGUUCAGACUAUUCUCUACCAUUUUAUUGGGAGCACUACAGUUAAUGAUGACCGUAGCCGUGAAUUACUUCAGAAUCUUAGAUAUCCAUCUUUAACCCAUUUUCAUUGUAUAGAUUAUAUGAAAGAACAGUUUCUCCAAACUAUUUCCGGGGAUGAUACCUCCAUGAAAUCUGUUACCAGUAGUCAAGACCAUGAGGAUCCUGACCAGGAUGAAAAUGAAUUUGCUGUGUUUAGCUGGCGAAUCACAAGCACCAGAAGAUGA